ACAUGACAGUGGUCAGAAUAGCUUAAUAUAGCCUCUUUGUGAACCUCCACGAUGGCAGAAAAGUAUUCCAUUGGCACUCGUGCCGAAAGCGAGCGUCUCGUCAGAGGCUGGGGUUUCCAACAUGUGUACACCUGGUCAGAUGGGAGAAAUGGAUACUACUCGCCUCAUAGUCAUGGAGGACUCACGACACAUCUGAUUCGUCGCGGCUCAUUUACAAUUACUUAUCCCGAAGACAAUGUCAAUCUGCACAACGGAGAAAUCAAGAAAGAGACAUUCGGCCCUGGUGAACGAAUCGAUGUCCCCGCAGGAAAAGUUCAUGAAGUCUGGAUCGGGGAUGAAGGAUGCGAGUAUGUGAUCGGUGAAUAGGAUUCACUCUGAAUAAGUUUCCAAAAUGUACAUCAAAGCGAGAACUAGAGUCUUUCGAGGACGGGAAUUACAAAGAUUCGAGUAGAGCAACCUAUCGGAUUGGAAUGUUCA